GAAUAGAUAGACACGAACAGGAUCCACGUGUUCAGCUUCAGACACUCUCAUAUCACAUCUGUCUCCUAAUUGCUUCCACUUUGCUUCUUUUAAGCUCUCUCUCUUCAAGUCUUCUUCUCUUGCCUUUUCUUCCUUCUUCUUUAUCCAUUAAGGUUUGAUCCUCUCACUUAAAUUAGGGUUAUAUAUGGCUACAUCUGCUAGAAGAGCAUAUGGAUUCGGGAGAGCUGACGAGGCGACUCACCCGGACUCCAUUAGAGCCACUUUGGCUGAGUUUCUUUCCACGUUCGUCUUCGUCUUUGCUGGAGAAGGCUCAAUCCUCGCUCUAGACAAGUUGUAUUGGGACACGGCGGCUCACACGGGGACAAACACGCCUGGAGGGUUAGUUCUGGUGGCGUUAGCUCAUGCAUUGGCCUUGUUCGCGGCUGUUUCUGCAGCCAUCAAUGUCUCUGGUGGCCACGUCAACCCCGCUGUCACUUUUGCUGCUCUAAUCGGAGGCAGGAUCUCGGUCAUUCGAGCUAUCUACUAUUGGGUUGCUCAGCUUAUAGGUGCUAUCCUCGCUUGUCUCUUGUUGAGGCUUGCCACUAAUGGCUUGAGACCAGUAGGUUUCCAUGUAGCAUCAGGAGUUAGUGAGCUUCAUGGGCUACUGAUGGAGAUCAUACUUACAUUUGCUUUGGUUUAUGUUGUCUACUCGACCGCAAUCGAUCCAAAGAGGGGGAGUAUUGGGAUCAUAGCGCCACUAGCCAUCGGGCUCAUAGUUGGGGCAAACAUUUUGGUGGGAGGACCUUUCGAUGGAGCCUCUAUGAAUCCGGCUAGAGCCUUUGGUCCAGCAUUAGUGGGAUGGAGGUGGAGUAACCAUUGGAUCUAUUGGGUUGGACCGUUCAUUGGUGGUGCACUCGCCGCACUGAUCUAUGAGUACAUGAUCAUCCCCAGCGUGAACGAACCUCCUCACCACAGUACCCACCAACCAUUGGCUCCGGAAGAUUACUAGACCGGAGCAGUCUUCAUGUAGAGGGUUCUCUCUUUGUAUAAAUAGUCUCUGUGUUUGCUUGUGUUGUUUGUCUCUUUACUUGUUUUGUUUUCCUGCCAUUUCCUAUGUAUAAUUGAGUCCACACCAAAAUCUGUUUUCUUGUAUUGUAUAUCUUACAGAAUAAUAAAGAUUUUCAAUGAUCGGAU